UCUUCCCCAUCGUCUAUGCGGGUUUGUCGUGGUGGUCACGGGAGCGUGGCGGGUUUUCAGCGGCACAGGCAGAACGAGCUGUGGCACGUUGACGUUCACUCAGACAGCGAAGCUUCAGACAACGGUGUUAGUGGCUCGUUAAUCUGAUCCGAGGUUUAUUGGAGCGGAUCAGAGCGGAUCAAAUCAGCGGCGGACAGACACUAGUUUAUAUUUUCACUCUGCGGAUCCAUGAUGAGUAAAAAGCUGCUGGUGGACGUAGACUGUGGGGUGGACGAUGCUCAGGCCAUCAUGUUGGCCCUGGCUGCCCCUAACGUGGAGCUCCUGGGCAUCACCUGUGUGCACGGAAACACCAGGGUGGAGAACGUGUGUAAAAACACACUGCGUGUUCUGAAAACCUGCAAUAAACUAGAGAUUCCAGUUUUUAAAGGCGCCGAUAGGUCGAUUCUUGGGAACAUCCGUGAUGCAGGACUCUUCCACGGGGUGGACGGACUGGGAGAUGCUCCAGACCCCAGUGCUCCCAGUUUGGAUCUAUUGCAGAAGGAAGGCGCUGUGUCAGCCAUAAUCAGGAUUGUCAAUGAAAACCCAGGGGAGGUAUCCCUGGUGGCCACAGCUCCUCUUACCAACCUGGCUUUAGCUGUGAGGAUAGAUCCGACUCUACCCAGCAAACUUCGAGGGCUCUACAUAAUGGGAGGCAACACUGAAUCCCGCGGGAACACUACUGUGUGUGGCGAGUUCAACUUUGUGGCUGAUCCAGAAGCUGCGUACAUUGUACUGAAUGACUACCAGUGUCCCACAUACCUGGCCUGCUGGGAGUUCACAUGUCACCACAAGCUCCCCUGGGAGUUCUGCGACGCCUGGUUGGGGCAGGACACAGACAAAGCUCGCUUCAUGGCGAAGAUCUUCCACUACAGCAUGGAGGCAUCCAAGACGGAGCGCCUCCAGAAGGAGUUGGUCGCUGGCGAAGGCUUCGUUUCCUGCGACUCGUACGCCAUGGCGGCGGCCAUCGACGACUCGUUCAUCAUCGAAAGCGAGCAGCAGCCGGUGAGCGUGGAGCUGGCCGGCACGCACACCAGAGGCAUGAUGGUGGUGGACACCGUGGGUCUUCUGAACAAGGCUCACAAGGCGUUCAUCAUCCGGAACGUGGAUAUGGAGAAGUUUAAGGAGAUGAUGAUGGCUGCUUUGAGAUAAUGAUCACUCAUUCAAUUCACUUUUGAUUAUAAAGGACUUUUUUUGAGAACUGCUUGUAGAACAUUUUAGUGUAACUAUUAGUAAACAGCUUAAUGAAAAAAAUGUACUUGAUUAAAAGUACAUUUGCUUAGUAAAAUUAUCUUUAAUGCAAAACACACUGAAAUUUACAGAUGCUUGGUUGUCUGUUCUUCAGAUGGAGCAGCUUGCAGCAUUAUUAAAUGUAAUACAAUGAAGAAUGUAUUGAGGUCAUCAGUUAGUUUACUAAUCUCCUUUCCUUCCUCUGAAUCUUGACCUUGUGUCCAUCUGUAAAGAGAAAAAGAACAAUGGUUUAUUUCAGCACAAAUGAAAUUGUAAAUUCCAUCUUAUAUUUGUACACAAUAAAACAAUUUCAGUAA